UUCAAGAAAUGAUGGACUUCGACCCAAGUAAUAUGAAUAAUGAAGAAUUCAAUCCACUGGUAUAUAUUCAUAAAUACGUUAGAAAUUGUCCCUUACAGCAGGUACUGACAAAAAAGAAUAAUCUUGAUAAGGAAAUUCAAUCGUUGGACGCGGACAUAAAAGGACUUCUUUACGACAACUACGCUAAAAUAUUCUCUGCCUCGAAUGUUAUUACCAGAAUGACGAAGAAAAUGGAUGAAAUGGCCACGGAUAUUCAAAUUUUGGAAUCCAAUGUAACCACCUUGAAAGACACCAGUGAGAAUAUUUUGUUGUCUUUACAGGCAUCCAAACAGAAACUUCGCGUACUCAUCAAGCGCAAAAACAAUUUCGCAAAACUAGAAGCGUUGGAGAAUCUUGUGCCUUCGUUGGAAAAACUAAUCAAAGCAGGUGAAUAUAGCGAAGUUGUGAGGCAAUACUUAAAAGUAGAGAAGGCCUUAGAGGAAUAUCAGUCUCUUCCAAGUAUUGCAAGUAUAAAAGACAAAACGGGAAGAGUCAUUGACAAAUUGAAAACAAAAAUACUUGACGAACUGGGUGGGGAUAUUUAUUGCUGGAAAGACAUUUCGGCUCGAAUUGAAUUAAUUUUGAUUUUGGGGGAAGACAAAAGCGUCACCUUCGAAGCAUUUCUCAAGAAAGAUUGGAUUUGA